UUUUCAUGUAAUGUUUGUAAAAAAUCAUUUCGCUCAAAUAGUACUUUAAUUAAACAUAAAAAAACGCAUACUGGAGAAAAGCCUUUUUCAUGUAAUGUUUGUCACAUAUCAGUUUCCACAAAUGGUAAUUUAAUUAGACAUAAAAAAACGCAUACUGGAGAAAAACCUUUUUCAUGUGAUGUUUGUGAUAAAUCAUUUAGGUCCAAGGCCAACUUAGUUGAUCACAAAAGAAAACAUACCGGAGAAAGACCGUUUUCAUGCGACCUCUGUGAUAAAACAUUUAAGUGUCGAUCUGUUUUACGACAACAUAAACGAUGUCACACUAGAGAUAAAACUUACUCUUGUUAUGUUUGUCAUAAAAUAUUUUUGCAAAGAAGCAAUUUAUACAGGCAUGAACGCAUUCAUACAAGGGAAAAACCUUAUUCAUGUGAUGUUUGCGAUAAAACAUUUAACUCUUCAAGUAAUUUAGUUAGGCAUAAAGUUGUUCACACUGAAGAAAGGCCAUUUUCCUGCGAUGUUUGUGAUAAAUCGUUUAAAACGAAAUACGAAAAAACUUUGCACAAACAAAUGCAUACCGGUCGAAAAAAACUUUUUCCAUGUGAUGUUUGUGAUAAAUCAUUUACAUCCAAGACCAACUUAGUUAUUCACAAAACAAAACAUACCGGAGAAAGACCUUAUUCAUGUAACAUUUGCAAUAAAUCAUUUAGUUCUAAAAACAAUUUAGGUAAACAUAAAGUUAUUCACACUGAGGAAAGGCCAUAUUCAUGUGAUGUUUGUGAUAAAUCGUUUAAAACGAAAGGAGUAAGAGCUAAACACAAACGAAUUCAUUCUAGAGAGGAGCUUUGUGAUUUUGAUAAACCGUAUUCAUGUGAUAUUUGUGAGAAAAAAUUUAUUCAUCGGAUUAGUUUAGUUAAUCAUAAACUAAAUCACACUGGAGUCAAACCAUUUUCAUGUGAUGUUUGUGAUAAAAAAUUUUUUCAAAAGGGAAAUUUAGAUAGACAUAAACUUAUUCACACCGGAGAGAAACCCUUUUCGUGUGAUGUUUGCAAUAAAUCAUUUAACGUUCAGUCCAAUUUAGUUAAACAUAAACUUAUUCACGUUGGUGAAACGCCAUUUAAAUGUGAUAUUUGUGAUAAAGCAUUUCUAGUUCAAAGUUACUUAAAUAGUCAUAAACUUACUCAUACUAAAGAAAAACCAUUUUCAUGUAAUGUUUGCAAUAAAUCAUUUAGGAACAAAUCUAAUUUAGUUGCGCAUAAACACAGUCACACUGGAUUAAGGCUAUUUUCAUGUAAUAUUUGUAGUAAAUCAUUUAUUACUAAAAGGACUUUAGUUAUUCAUAAACGUUGUCAUACUGGACAAAAACCCUAUUCGUGUGAUCAUUUGCUUAUCGAAGCAGCUUAA